CUUCACCUGCCGUCUGUUGGACAGAAAACUUGAAAACUAUCUGCUGUUAACAGGGUAAGUGUGAAUAUUGUGUUAUUAUUACAUACACAAGUUUUAUUUCCUUAUACAAAUAUGCUGUAAAACAAAAUGUUUAUAUUUACAUGUUUUCAUUUAGCAGACCCUUCAAUCACAUGAGCAGAAACAUCAGCAGUUAUUGCUACGCUAUUCUUUGCAAAGAAAAAUAUAAAAUGUAAAAUUAAUCGAAUGCAAGAAAAUAAAGAAUUUACUGUAUCACAUUUUGCCAGACUCCCACUUUGAGGAUGUUUCAUUUUAAUAACUAAAACAUAUAUAUAUAUAUAUUGCAAAUUAUUUAGUCUAACUAUAUCAUGAUAAUAGUUCAUUGAUUCUGGCAUGUUAGGUAACGUAAAGUAUGUUUGAUGUGGCAGAGGGCAUGGGUUAUUUUUGCCGCUAUAAAUUUCUAUGAAUCUCUACUGUUAGGACAAGUCCAUGUCUCGUGUCUCAGGAGCCCUUUUAUUUGAGGCCAGUGGAAAUAUUGGAUGGACUGAAAGAUGGAUGAAUCUGAGAUAAAUUUGUGAUUUUUUAUUUAUUUUUUUCUCCUUCACCAGGAUUCAUUUAAAUUAUUGUGAACUGUGAUUACAUGGUUUAACAAAACAAAUUCACUGCUUUGGUACUCAGAUUGUAAGCAAAUUUUUCCCAUUUUCUCAUUUAGUUUCCAAACCUUUCCAUCAAUAUUCUAAUACAAAUUUUGUGUCAUUCUGUAGAUUCAACUGAAUUCUCAAAAUAAGCUGAAAUGAGAAAACAGAUAGAUGAUUUGAAUUUUGUGCUGUUGGGCAAGACUGGAGCAGGAAAGAGUGCAUCAGGAAACACAAUUCUGGGCGGAGAUGAGUUUAUAGUGAAUUUGUCUCUUGAGUCUGUGACCGGGAUCUGUAAGACAGCACGUACAGAAGUGGGUGGACAAAGAAUCAAUGUGAUCGACACAAUAGGACUCUCUGAUAAAUCAAUGAAGACUACAGGUUUACAAAGUAAAAUAGAGCAGAUAUUUGAGUGUACAUGUCAUGGUCUUGAUGUGUUUCUGCUGGUGAUCAAAUUGAGUAAGGAAAUCACAGAGGAGGACAUGAACAUUGUGAAGUGGAUCAAAGAGACGUUUGGAGAAAAGGCCUCAAAACACACACUAGUGCUCUUUACUCAUGGAGAUGAAUUACAGCAGCCAAUUGAGGAAUAUCUGAGUCAAUACAAAACACUGAGGUCAGUAGUUGAUCAGUGUUCAGGAGGAUAUCAUGUUUUUAAUAACAAAGAUGAGGAUCACUCUCAGGUCAAUCAACUUCUGAAAAAGAUUGAGCCAAUGAAGAUGAUGAAUGGAAGCAGUAGAUACACUGAACAGGACUAUAAGGACACUCAGGAUAAAAUCCUACAUGAAAAAUGUUGUACAAGAGCAUUAGUAGGAGGAGCAUUAGCUUCUAAAACAGGAGCAGUUGCAUUAACUGAAGGAAGAGCAGCAGCAGAGGAGGUGCACUUGUGGCAGCAGCAACAUUUGGAGGAGUGUAUUAUUUUUCAAGAAAAUACAAAGCUAAAAAUGAUAAAAAUGUCUGAACUCGAAGAAAAUGUCGACCUCUUGCACAGCUAUCAGGGCGUGACUCUCUUCACGCAGGGCGUGACUCUCCUGACGCACGGCGUGACUCUCUCGCACGGCGUGACUCUCUCUCACACGGCGCGACUCUCUUCUCGCACGUCAAUGCUCUGUUUAAUUCCAUAUUUCAUUUAUUCACCUGAUCUGAGGAUUGUUCUGCUGGGUAAAACUGGAUCAGGAAAGAGCUCAACAGGAAUCACUGUAUUAGGCAGCGAUGUGUUUAGAGUGGAUAUUUCUGCUCUUUCAACCACUGAAACAUGUGAGAAACAAGAAGCAGAUGUGUGUGGAAGAAUCAUCUCAUUAAUUGACACUCCAGGACUGUUUGACACAUCAAUGUCAGAAAAGGAGCUAAAGGAAGAAAUAGCGAAUUGCGUCAAACUGUCUGCUCCUGGUCCUCAUGUGUUCCUGCUGGUGAUCAGAGUGAGUGUGAAAUACACAGAGGAAGAUGCGUCAAACUACACCAUCAUUCUGUUCACUCAUGCUGAUGCACUGAAGAAAAAGCCUUUAGAGGGGUACAUCAAAGAUUGUCCAGAUCUCCAGGAACUGAUAGAUGGUUUUGGUGGCAGAUAUCACAGAUUCAACAAUGAGGACAUGGAGAACCGCUCUCAGGUCGAAGAACUGCUGGAGAAGAUUGAUAAAAUGGUGGGGAAGAAUGGAGGAAAGCAUUACACUAAUGAGAUGUACCAGGAGGCUCAGAGAAAGAUACAAGAAAGAGCUCAAUUCUACAGGAUUCACAGAGAAAUGAAUUCAACACACACAGAGUCUGAUGAAGCACCUGCUUUACAGGAUUUGAGGAUGGUGUUACUGGGAAACACUGGAGCUGGAAAAAGUUCUGUAAGCAACAUAAUACUGGACAGAGAGGCGUUUAAAGAGAGCAGCACACUAGUGAGUGAACUACAGAGAGGACGAGUAGAAGACAGAAACAUCUCAGUGAUCAACACUCCAGGGUUCAACAACACUGAACUGACUGAUGAAGAGCUGCAGAAGGAAAUGAUGAAGAGUCUUUCUCUCUCUCAUCCUGGUCCUCAUGUCUUCCUGCUCAUCAUCAGACUGGACAGAUUCACUGAGAAUGUGGAGAAGAUUGUACAAAACAUUCAGGAGAACUUUGGAGAAGAAGCUUUCAGGUUCACUAUGGUGCUGUUUACUGGGAGACAGGAGAUGUCUAAGAAAGAAUGGAUCAAGUUUAGGCUGAAUAGAAGAACUAGAGAACUUCUAAGCUACUGUGAAGAAAAAUGUCAUGUGUUCAUUCAUAAAAGUAAGAGAGACAGGAAACAGAUCCUGAGCUUGUUGGAGGAGAUUGAUGAAGUAGUGAGGAAGAACGGACAAGAACAUUACACUAAAGAGAUCAUCGUGAAGAUUAAUGGACAAGAGAAAGAGAGGACAAUACGACAAGAGGAGACGGACAGAAGACAGCAAGAGAGUGGAUUACAUCUAAAUGAAGAUAUAAUACUCCAUGAGAAAGAAAAGUUGGACAUAUCAGAGGACAGCAGUCAAGAGCUUGUUACUGGAGAGGAACAAAUAGAACAGAGCGUUCAGAAAGACCAAAGGGAAACACAUGAGAGUGAAGAAGGAUGCGGUCCAGAAAGAAGAUCUCCACAAACAGAAGGAUAUCAAAGCGAGAGAGAACAUGAAAGAUGUUUGAUCGAGGAGGAAAAGAGUGUGACACCAGAAAAUCAUUCACUAAUAGUAUCAGAUCUGAGGAUUGUUCUGCUGGGUAAAAGUGGAUCAGGGAAGAGUGCAACAGGAAACACCAUCCUGGGAAGAGAUUCAUUCAGAGUGAAUAAGUGUUUUCUAUCAGUCUGUCACACUUCAGAGAAACAUGAAGCAGAUGCUGGUGGAAGAAUCAUCACAGUGAUUGAAACUCCAGAACUGUUUGAUUCAUCUAUCAGUAAUGAAGAACUGAAGACAGAACUAGAGAAGUGCGUGUACAUGUCUGCUCCUGGUCCUCAUGUGUUCCUGUUGGUGAUCAGACUGGAUGAGAGAUUCACAGAUGAAGAGAAGAACACAGUGAAAUGGAUUCAGCAGAACUUUGGAGAAGAUGCUGUAAACUUCACCAUCAUUCUGUUCACUCAUGCUGAUGCGCUGAAGGGUAAAUUAUUACAUGAACAUAUCAAAGACAAUCCAGAACUUCGGGCAUUCACUGAGAGUUUUGGUCACAGAUAUCACUCAUUCAGCAAUCAGGACAUGUGGAAACGCUCUCAGGUCAGACAACUACUAGAGAAGAUCGAAGGAAUGGUGGAGAGAAAUGGAGGAAAGCACUUCACUAAUGAGAUGUAUGCCAAAGUUCAGGACAAGAUUGAAAAGGAGGAGAAAGAACAGAAAGCAACAUGGUUUAAAGGAGUUUUGGUUUUCUUAAUAGGAGCUCUAGCAGCUGCAGCAUUCGCAAAAACUGGACUUGAAGGAUGAGGAGUGACUACAGCAGCAGAUAGAAGCAUCUUUAUUAACAGAAGUAAAAAGACAGAGUUUAUUGUUUCUAAUUAGUCUGAUUAUAUCUGUUUGUGAUUAUUUAUUAGGCUGGAUCUCAUGCUUUUAUUGCUUGUUCAGCUGUAACAGAAAUAGGAAUGUAAAGUUAUCGGUAAAGCUACAGUAUAUAAGAUGAUAAAGUAGCAGAAGAUCAACUCUAUUAUCAAAAGAUUUGGGGGCAAUCAGAACAGAAGUUCAUUGGACUUCAUUACAGAUUGCUAUUUUUAUUGUUAUUUUGGAGUCAGAUUGUCUGUAAUUAGUGCAGAUUACAGAUUCUAACAAUAACAGAUGAACAGGAACCUGUGGCCUCUGUAUGGGCACGUGGAACUGUGCCAGUGCCAGUGCCCCACCAAAAUAUUCAUCCACUUUAAAACACAGAUCCAUACUAUAAACUGACAAAAAUAUUAUGUGUGGUCAAAUAUGAAAAUGCAUGUAUCGCGUUUAUGUGUUCAACGAGUUGAAUAUUGUAAAAUUUCCCUGCAGUUAUACAUAACCUAUAGCACUCAGGAGAAGAAUCUGCCCCACCUAUAUCUGUGGUCAUGAACCACUACUUUUAGAAACCUAUUUACUCAAAUGCUGUCCGUAAUUAUUUAUUAGGCUGGACCUAAUGACUGUAUUGCUCAUUAAACAUUAAGCAUGUUAAUAUAAGUUAGGCAAGCAUUUUCAAGUAUGUAUAUUUUCCCAACACUGUUUCUAAAUGUACAUAAUAUUUGUAUGCUUAUGCAUUGCCUCAUUUAGAGGAAAAAAUUCAUUUGCAAUAUGUGUUAAUGUAGCUUUUAACAGUGUUCUAAUUAAACUGCACUUUUCUGUUUGUCAUUGUCAA